CACAAUCACCGAAGCCGCCACAUUGUGUUGUGGACUCGCCGACGUCGUGGUGUUCAGCUCUCCAUUAUUGAUCUCCAAAUGGUAUUGAAGAAAUUUCUGUAUUGAAACGGAUCAUCGCCUACAAAACCGAGCUAUUUAUACAGCCCCCGACCCCACUUCAGCUCAAUCCGGUGCACGUCCCCCCCAUUAUCAGCGGCCGGACUGGGAUCUACGAGUUUAUCGCCGCCGUAAUCUCGCUGCGCCCUCGAGAAAAAAAAAGGAACCUCUCCUCCUUCACACUCUUCUUCUCUGUGUCCGCUUGAAGCCCUAAUUUAUAUUUCUGUUGCCAUAUACUGUACAGAAGGACCCUUCGAAAUACCGCCAAUAUGCCUACCAUGUGGUUAUCAGAUUCGCAGAAGGUCGGUGUCGCCUUCUGCUCCGGUGGCGCCUUCUUCCUCAUCUUCGGCGUCUUCCUCUUCUUCGACCGCGCCAUGCUCGCCAUGGGCAACAUCCUCUUUCUCAUCGGCCUGACCGCCAUCAUCGGCCCGGCCAAGACACUCCUAUUCUUCGCGCGUCGCCAGAAGCUGAAGGGCACUGCGGCCUUCGCGGCUGGCAUCCUGCUCAUCUUACUGCGCUGGCCGCUGAUCGGGUUCCUGGUCGAGCUGUACGGCAUCUUCAUCCUCUUUGGCGACUUCAUCGGCACCAUCCUCGGCUUCAUGCGCAACAUUCCCGUUAUCGGUCCGUACAUCGGGAUGGUUGUGGAUCGUGUGCCUGGGCUUGGCAACGAGACACUGCCGGUUUGAAGAGGAGGAAUAAAUGGCCUGGAUUUUUUGGUGGAUAAGGAAAGGAGAUUAUACGCGAUCAUGGAAUUAUUAUAUGUUGGCAGAACGAGGACGAGUAAACGAUACGAUCGCAGCUAUAGACUGUACGAUAGGCUGGUGCUUGCCUCGAGUAAACGGGGUUGAGCGGGCGUUUGGACGGGGGAAGUCAAGACGAUUAUACCCAGGUGGUUAUACACGUUACUUUGCAGUAUGGGGACGGAAAUAAUAUUACGAUGUACCAGCUUGAUAUUUUGGUUACCCUAUCUACCUUCCUG